AUGUUCCUCGUCGCACUAGACAGAACCAUCCUCGCCACGGCCAUCCCCCGAAUCACAGACGAAUUCCAUUCUCUCACAAGCGUCGGCUGGUACGGGAGCGCAUAUCUGUUGACCUGCUGCGCGCUGCAGUUGAUCUUCGGAAAGAUCUAUACACUCUUCUCGGUCAAAUGGACCCUCCUGUGGAGUAUCCUGAUCUUCGAAGCGUCUUCCGCCCUGAGUGGAGCGGCUCCCAACUCGACUGCUCUGAUCGUGGGACGAGCCAUCUGCGGUGUGGGGGCGGCUGGAAUCUUUGCCGGUGUGGUGGUCUGCAUCGUUCAUGUCGUCCCUCUCCAUAAGCGUCCCCAGAUCCAAGGCAUGUUCGGUGCCCUGAUGGGGGUUUCUUCGAUCGUGGGCCCGUUGAUCGGCGGUGGUUUUACUUCGAACGUCACCUGGAGAUGGUGUUUCUACAUCAAUCUGCCCGUCGGGGGCGUGGCCAUGCUCGUUAUCCUGGUCUUUUUGAAGAUCCCCGACCAGCCUACCGCCCAGGCCCCCUUGUCCGAAAAGAUCAAGCAACUGGAUAUCCCCGGGACCGUCCUCCUGGUCCCGGGCACCGUCUGCCUUCUCCUGGCAUUGCAGUGGGGGGGACAGACCUACCCGUGGAGUAACGGACGGGUGAUCGCCUUGUUGACUCUCGCCGGCGUCCUCUUGGUCGGCUUUUCUGCCGUCCAAGUCCUUCUGCCGAGGACCGCCACUCUGCCUCCACGGAUCAUGAAGCAGCGUAGUGUCGCUGCGGCGUGCUGGGCGACCCUGACCAUCAACUGUGGAAACUAUAUCAUCAUCUACUUCCUCCCGAUCUGGUUCCAGUCGAUCAAAGGAGCGUCUGCUUCCGAGUCCGGCAUUCGCACGCUCCCCCUGAUGAUCUCCAUGGUAGCCGGGUCCAUAAGCGGUGGCACCCUAAACACCAAAAUCGGCUACUAUACACCGCUCGCCAUCGUUGGGACAUGCCUCAUGUGCGUGGGAAACGGACUGCUCACCACGUUCGAGGUGGAUACAGGCGCCGGGAAAUGGAUCGGGUACCAGAUCCUAUACGGUCUCGGCCUGGGCUUGGCAUUCCAGGUACCCAACCUAGCGACACAGGCCAGUCUGCCGAAGAAGGACGUGCCUACCGGGUUAGCGCUGAUGCUGUUCGCCACUCUGCUGGGGGCGUCAGUGUUCGUAUCGGCUGGAGAGAAUGUUCUCGCCAAUCAACUGGUGAAGAGGUUGGCCGGGGUUGAAGGGGUUGAUAUCAGUUUGAUCACUUCCGGGGGCGCCACUUCUUUGCUCCAAUCGCUCCCGGAUGGUGUGCGUAAAAUCGCUCUUGUUGCAUAUAAUGAGGCGCUGAGAGAGGUGUUCCGUGUCGGUUUAAUCCCGACAUGUCUGAGUGUCCUCGGGGCUGCGGCCCUAGAGUGGAGGAGCGUGAAGAAGCCGGCAGGGAAGGUCUCUGCAGAGGACGGGGAGAAGGAGACAAAGAACGUCGACAAGGAGACAACUGAGAAAACGUGA